AUGGAUAAAGAGAUGAACAUCGAUAAUGACAUACUUAUUGCGCUAGUGGAAGCAAGACCAGUUUUAUGGGAUAAAACUUUGGACAUAUUUGAAGGCACAAAAGCUGCUAGAGAAGCAUGGAGCCAAACUUGUUGCGAACUGAAUAAGGUUUUUAAAGAAAUGGAGUCGAAAGGGAAAAAUGAAUCCAGAACUUUCGCUUAA